AUGCAAAAAGAUCUAGGUCUAAUUGUGGCUUACAACCUGCAGCUCCCGCGAUCUAAAACACCUUCACGUAUUUUUGGUGCUUCUGCCGGUCCGGGAUUCAACGACGCAUCUGGUAACUCGAAUAAAUCACACAUGUACGAUAGCAAUUCUACUGGCACUGGGAUGGCAACAACCACAGUGACACCUUCCGUUCAAGCUCCACGCUCACACAGUGUGACCGAUGUGGCUUGGUCGUGUGCGGAUGAUAUCCUGGCCACGGCAUCUACCGGGGGUGAUAUCACAUUGUGGGAUGUGGGCCGAAAUAUGACACAAAUCACGUGCUUUUCCGGUCACAAUCGAUCCAUUCACUGCAUUAUGUUUCACCCUACCAAUCCGGCAGAACUGAUCACGGCUUCACAAGAUGGAACAAUCAAAUUGUUUUCCAGUCAACUGGUAUCCAGCUGCAAUCAGACUUUCGACCUUAACACAUAUCUGUGGGACUUACGCCGACCAUUUUUACCAUACGCCUCUUUUGAAGGACACAAAGGUGUUGUCACAUCAAUCGCCUGGAGCCCCUGUGAAACCAAUCAUUUCUACACGGUGGGGCGCGAUUGUCUGGUUAUUCGACAUUGUGUGGCUGACGGUUUGCGACCGGCCGAGAGCGCCUCCCCCGUGGCUUUAUGUAUCAACGUUCGCGGAGCCCUGGCGCAUGCAGUCAGUCGGGACCGGGUUUUGGCGAAUCAGCUACCCCCGGUGGUGGACGAGACCAAUUUGGUGACACAAUCUCCGUUCCCGAUGAAUCAGUGUACCCACAUCAACACCAUCCACAACCACAACAACUGCAANCCGCCACAACAAUCGGGCUCAAAGCAACAGCAGCAGCAGCAGCAACAACAACAGCAAUCCCAACGACAUUUCUUUUCUAAUCUGCCUCCAAUGGGUUCAGCUCAUUCGGCCGAAUUGUUUGUCUCGCAGGCACAAAGUUUGCUCUACUACCUGGAGCCAUCGCCAGAGUCCAUUCAUCACCCGGAUGGGGCUCGUUUGACCACCGCGCUUCUUCCGGAUCUGAUCAUUGCCCUUGCUAAAUACUACCAGUUUAUUGGACCGAAUGUGGAUCUCGUCUGUGCGCACAAUGCGGCUGUGGCGUUACGAUUCGGUCAGUCUUUUCUUGUGCAAUUUUGGUCCAUGCUCCGCGCGAUCUACGGACACAUGCCUACGGAAUCAGAUCGACGCAAGCUUAGCGCCCGGUCUGCUGGUCGCUGUUCGAUUACCGGUGGAAUUGGAGCCGGAGGAACCGGUUCGGCAGCAUUCGUUGAACACGAACCCACUGGAUCAGAGCAGAAUGUCGUAGCGGCAUCCGUGAACACCGGUACAGCAGGUGUCGUCACGGAAUCCACCGUCACUCGCAAUCCGGAGCCCAUUCAAUCACAAAUCAAUGGAAGCCAAGUCGGUCCAACUCCCGUGGCUGUAUCAACCAAAAUUCAAAAGGAUUCGAAUGGGACAACCACUCCGGGUGUAUCUCUGACCAAAUUGCAAUCUCGUUCGGGUCUCUAUUUGAGUGAAAUCCUCGAUGCCGUCGGUCUAACUCGUACUAAUUCUCGACCAGUUGGACAUGGACCUGAACUGUCUACAUCGCCAUUUGAAAUCUUGCAGAAAAACACAAUCGAGAUGUUACCCAACAAGCCAGACGCGUUCACUCCGAUCACAAUCCCUUCACAACAAGUCACAUUUGAUCCGGCUCUCACCGAUCACUCGACCCAUACCCGUGUGCUGAAUUCCGCCACUUUGUGGAACAACUUACCCGCGCCACAAACCAGUGUGUCUAUGCCUCGUUGCACGCGAACGCAUGACGAUCUUAUUUUGCACGAAGAGGUUGUAUCGCCACCCGGGACCCCAGCAAAUCCGCCUCAUGCGAUAUCGCAUACGAUCGCGAUCCGGCGCAAACGUGGAGACUCACUCGGUGACAUGUCGAAACCCAGUCCGCAUUCCCCACAGCCACUCGUAUCCACACUGGGUGUGUCUGUUUCUUCAGCACAGACGUGUGACAGUCUUGGCGAACCGGUGGAUUUUCUACUGCAUUACUCCUCGGCACAAGUCGGAACGGGAACUGUGGGUUCCGGUCCUGGUCCUGGGACAGCAUUGUCUGAAGUCCCAUCUACAGCAACUUCGGAAACUGAUGGGAUGGAGAAGCCUGUACAUUUGGUUAAUUUGAAAAGGCAAGUCGACAAACCCUUUAAAUUGCUUUUGUUUGCCCUGAUAGCUAUUGUCCACCUACGUUUCCACCGUUCAUCGCGUUUGAACUAUGACACGAAAGGAACCCCCAGUGAUAAAACCCUCGGAGCACCGGAUGAUCCGGUUAUUUUGGAGAUCCCGUUUCUCCCGGAUGAAGCAUUUCACACACGACAUCCGAUUGAACAACAUUUGUACGAAUCGUUAGUUCCGCCACGCGUGGACCCUAGUUCCACGUCCGAUCGUCGGCGUGCAUGCACGUUUGCCACUCGUGUUCUCGGAAGUGAUCUGGCCGGACCGAAUUCGGCGCGCGGUGCUCCUGCCCCACCCAGCCGACAACGGACGUUGGAUCGGUUGUUAAAUUUGGAUCCGAAUUCCAUCGAUCCACAUGCCACACAGCAUUGGGUACGCAAAUCUCAUGAACUCGGUCCGCGACGAGGCAGUCUGAAAUCCCAAUCGGAAUUAGUGAAAGACGUGGCUGAGAUUCCUCGGUUAGUGAUGCUCACGGGGAAGUUGUCUAUCCCGGACUUUCCCUGA